AAAUGGAUGGAUGGACGACUAAAAGUAAAUACAGAAAAUGAUACAAAUGUAUUUUUUGAGUAAUUUUAAAGUUUUACUGCUUUUCCGUCCUGAAAUCCACCUUGAAAUUCUAACCCUGUUUGUAUCAGAAUAAUCUUGUUGUUUUGGAUCAAAGUUUUCCAAAUCCUACUGAAACGGUUUGAACUACUCAAACUGAAGUUUUGAUCCAGGAUAAAACUAGGAUUGGAUUUUUGAUCUAAUCUGAUUACAGAAAGGGACAAGCGGUAGAAAAUGAAUGGAGGGAUGGAUGUUUUAUUUGUUUAGUGAGAGUAUAGUCUUCCACUCCAUCUCCAAGUGACACAUUGCUGAUGUGCUCCAAAAUUGGCUUCAAGGAAGAACUUGUGAUUAGUCUCUCCGACACCAGGACAAUAGUGAACUCAUGGAGAGGGCAAAGGAGCUGGCUGACUUACUUUGGGGAAAUGAUCUAUCCAUACAUCCAUCCAUUUUCUAACACUUGUCCCUCUUGGGUUGCGGGUGGUGCAGGAGCCUUUCCCAGCCGCACUCGGGCGGAAGGCGGAGUACACCCUGGGCAAGCUGCCACCUCAUCGCAGAUAGACGGACAACAGUCACACUCUGAAAGUCAUACUACAAACACAAAACCCAGAUUGAUGACAUCUGAACUGCUGAAUUAUUUCAAAGUAAGUCAUUCUGUAGUGCACAAAGAUGAAGAUUUUGCAAAAAGAAGAAGUACUGAUUGCAGAGAGAGUUCUACUGAAAUACUUACCCAGGAGUUUUCAGGUCUAUGGAUUCUUAUAUGCUUUCAAUCGAAACAAGCCAAGUAAUGUACAGUUUGUUGUUGAUCAGUGGCCAGAUUUUCAGGUCAUCAUGUCUUGUCCUGACCGAGAGCAAGAACUUACGUUUGUGCCUGAGACAAAAAUUUACUGCACGGAUGAGAAGGUUUUGAAAAAAAUGCUAACGGAGGAAGACAUAAUCGACUGGAGCGCUUACAUUCUUGGAGUGUGUAAUGUUUCUUUCACGUCCAUGCUCAACGAAGUUUCAACCAACAGAAAAGUUAGCUACAGACCCUUGUCAGUGACACAUUCUAUGUAUCUGCCAGACAGUAGCUUUCUGCUUAAACCAACAUUUGGCAGUGAGGUUGAAUCCAAGAUUUCCUCUCUCAAUCUCUCCCAUGUUGACCUGUUGAAUCGAACCUGGAAGUAUGGCGGGGAUGAACGUGGAUACAACUAUAUUACGUUUCUCAUCAGCAAUUUCCCAUCAUACUGCAUCACUGAUGAUCAGGGUCAGCCAGUAUCCUGGAUUCUGGUGUAUGACUACUUGGCAAUGGGGCUUUUGUAUACGCUGCCCAAGUACAGACAAAAAGGCUAUGCCACAGUGUUGGCCCACGCCAUGGCCCGAAAACUCCUUGCUGACGAUUACCCAGUGUACUGCCAAAUUGAUGAGAAGAAUAUUCAAUCCAAAAAGAUUUUCAAAAACUUGGGAUUUACUGAAGAUCCUUCAUAUAGAGAUGUGUGGUUUGAGUACAACAUCUAAAAUGUUUGUCCUGUAUAAUAGCUAACGCAUAAUCACUUUGCUGACGCAACUUACAGAAUAGUAUCAUUUGUAGUAUUUCCCAUUUCUGCAAGAUCACUUUUCUGCGGUUUCCUGAAUUGUGGCGACGUUUGUGUUGAUAUAAUAAAUUGUCAUGGCCAAUCCAGAAAUCAAAUCAAAUCAAAUCACAUAAACUUUAUUUAUAAAGCACAUUUAAAAUUUACCACAGGGGUAGCCAAAGUGCUGUACAAUGGGCAGGUUAAAAGAUAAUACAAGGACCGAGCAAACAACACAACACAAACAUCCAUCCAUCCAUUUUCUACCGCUUAUUUCCCUUUCGGGGUCGCGGGGGUCGCGGGGGGCGCUGGCGCCUAUCUCAGCUACAAUCGAGCGGAAGGCAGGGUACACCCUGGACAAGUCGCCACCUCAUCGCAGGGCCAACACAGAUAAACAGACAACAUUCACACUCACAUUCACACACUAGGGCCAAUUUAGUGUUGCCAAUCAACCUAUCCCCAGGUGCAUGUCUUUGGAAGUGGGAGGAAGCCGGAGUACCCGGAGGGAACCCACGCAUUCAAGGGGAGAACAUGCAAACUCCACACAGAAAGAUCCCGAGCCUGGAUUUGAACCCAGAACUACUCAGGAACUUCGUAUUGUGAGGCAGACGCACUAACCCCUCUGCCACCGUGAAGUCCCAACACAAACAGAACAUGAUUAAAAAUAAAAAAGAAGGACAUUUAGGUCGGGCUUCACGGUGGCAGAGGGGUUAGUGCGUCUGCCUCACAAUACGAAGGUCCUGCAGUCAUGGGUUCAAUCCCAGGCUCGGGAUCUUUCUGUGUGGAGUUUGCAUGUUCUCCCCGUGAAUGCGUGGGUUCCCUCCGGGUACUCCGGCUUCCUCCCAUUUCCAAAGACAUGCACCUGGGGAUAGGUUGGUUGGCAACACUAAAUUGGCCCUAGUGUGUGAAUGUGAGUGUGAAUGUUGUCUGUCUGUGUUGGCCCUGCGAUGAGGUGGUGACUUGUCCAGGGUGUACGCCGCCUUCCGCCCGAUUGUAGCUGAGAUAGGCGCCAGCGCCCCCCGCGACCCCAAAAAGGGAAUAAGCGGUAGGAAAUGGAUGGAUGAAGAGACAUUUAGGUCCUGAUUUACAAGACGAAAAUGCAAAAAUAAUUACUCAACACACGCAAUGUAAAUUAAUCAACAGUCAUCACCGUUUUGCAAGCACUAUUUUGCGUUUUAUUCAGCACGUGUCAGGAAGACGUGACACUGAUAGUUCCACACAAGGCUUCAGGAUCCCUGCUUGCGCUGCACAGACAGACGACAGACAGACGAGAAUCCUCUGUCCUACGUGUGUGUGUCUACAUAACUGGAUGGUCAGAAAUAAAAUAAAAAAUUAGACAAAUUGUCUUUUCGGGAUCAUGAUUUUAUUAUUUUGUUGCUGCUAGAGAACUUAAAAGGCUAAUUGAACUUAUUUCAAUUGAUGCAUUUUGGUGUCCUCUAGUAUUUCUUAAUGACGUUCAUUUUAUUCACAUAGAAUAUAAAUCACAAAAAUAUUUCUCAUACGAAAAACAUGUCUUUCAGUAUGCAAUUUUUGCUUCUUGAGCUGAGUAAGUGCAGCCUCAAUCCCUCCCAUGCACCUUCAGCUGUAAAAAAAAAACAACAACAAAAAAACUAAGUUUUGUCAAUGUGGAUGCACUGCACGACUGCUUCUAAAAUGCCCAUGAAAAGUAGUACGUUUCUCUUGCAACGUUUAAAAUAUAGCAAAACGCCACAGGUAGGAGCAUGAUAACAUGACUGUGCAGUAAAUAGAAUACAAUAGCGCCAGCGCCCCCCGUCACCCCGAAAGGGAAUAAGCGGUAGGAAAUGGAUGGAUGGAUGGAGUACUUAUUGAUCCCUGGGGGAAAUUCAGCAAAUAAAUGAGAGUCUCUGUGGUGUUGCCACUAAAGUACGUGCAAAAUUGUACACACAGUCUUAGUAGAUCAAACGCAACACAUCUCCUAAUAGUACACGCUAUUUCAUAGUUUGUACACACCGUCUACGGUGUGGUAUUGGGAUCUUAGUAAAUCAGGCCCAAAGUCGGCUGAAAAUGUCGGCCGAGAUGGAAAUAUUUUAAUUUUGCAAACAAACACAAAGGAUCCCUGAUAAAGAACAGUUUUACAUGAUUUACAAUAUGAUAAAUAUGCAUAAUGUGCAUUAAGUAAGGACAUGGCGUGUCAUCACUUUAUAAAACUGCAAACAUGCAGUAUUGCGGUAGGUAUUGGGUUUAUUUUUAAUGUUUAAGGUGGUGGUUUGUUUUUAAUAACUGGUUGUAUGUGAAUGAGAUAUUAUUUUCAUUGGGUGGUGAAAGAAAAUGACUUUGUUAUCUACGUGUAUUCCCCUGUACACUAAAAUGUAAUCACAUAAUAAAAAUACAAACACGCUGUGAACGUGUGGGUUGCAUGGAUCAUUAAAGGAGGACAUCACUAUGCA